GCAGCAGCAAGGAUCAGAGCAAGACUGUGGUAGGCAGUUCCUAAAGAAAUUACUGGGAGAAUUAACAAUUCAUUCUGUGGCUGGAGUGUACUAUACAAACAGAAGAGACUUGAUAACAGAGGAGCUGAUAAUUGUUUUUAGAUGAUGCUGUGUAAUAUUUUAGUGUCAAUGAUAAAUAAUACAAAGACCAGAAGAAUCCAUGAAAAUAUGGAACAUUCUAAACUACAGAUCCCACAUUAAAUGUUGAUCUAGAACUGACUUUCUUUUAAUUGGAUGCUCCUUUGGGACCUGCAACAAUAUUUAUUGCUUAAACUAGCAUUUUUUUAAAAAAUAGACCACAUAAACUGGUGUAAACAGUUCAUCAUACUCUCAAAUGAAAGAAAAAUCAAUGCACCUUACAACUGACUGACAACACUAUUUAGGAAUCCAGCUCGUUCAAAUAUUUUGCUUACCCUGGUGGUUGGAGAAGGGCAGAAACUGCUUAUCAGGACUAAAAAAACUACAUCCAAUGGUGCUAAAUUUGAUUUUAUUAUCCAUAGAAUUUUAAGAUCUAAUUUUUUUGGAAACUCAAAUUUUGAUAAAAGAACGGACAUCAACAAAAACAUCACAGUCAUCUAUCCUAUCAUACUAGAAAGUGUUAAGCAGCGAUCCAUUAAUCCUUAACUUUGGGAUUUCACACCUCUUCUGUAUUUCUUAUUAAUGUUUGAACUAUCUCCAACCUAACAUCACCAUGAGAGAAGCACCUACCUAAUAUCACUGAGUCUGCCUCUUGGUCUGCAAAGCUUAAAAUAUUUAUAAUCUGGUACUUUACAAGAUCCGUUAACCAUUGCCAAGGAGUAAAACAUACCGUUAACUUCUGCUCCAGAGAAGCAGUGCACUUCUGCUGCUGAGCUGGAUAUGUCCGAUAAGCCAAUCACAUGCACAGUUGUCAUGCACUGACCUUGAAUUUGAACUCAAAGAAAUUUCACUUAUACACACAAGCACAGAUAGAAGUUAUACCGUGCAAAAUUUGUGGAGACAAAUCAUCUGGGAUACAUUAUGGGGUGAUUACCUGUGAGGGGUGUAAGGGUUUCUUCAGGAGAAGUCAGCAGAACAAUGCUUCUUACUCAUGCUCUCGCCAACGCAACUGUCUGAUAGAUAGGACAAACCGAAACCGCUGUCAGCACUGCAGGUUGCAAAAGUGCUUAGAGCUUGGGAUGUCUCGAGAUGCUGUGAAAUUUGGUCGCAUGUCCAAGAAACAGAGGGAUAGCCUUUAUGCUGAGGUCCAGAAGCACCAGCAGAAACAGGAGCCGGUGCUGGACAGAGAGGUCACUGAUAUGGUUCCACACAGUUAUCCCACUAGUGUGAGCAGCGGUCUGUCUGACUUGGAGGAAUUGAGUGGCCUGUCUGACAGCCUUCUGUUUGAUUUCCCGCUCACCCCAGAUGAAAGCAGCUCUUACUAUAGCCUGGAUAUUCCUCUUUCCACACAUACCUCACCAGACCCUGGGCAUGUGACAACACCAGAUCCUCUUGCUGGACACUGCAUGAAAGGGUUGGAGGAGGGACAGUUGGUGCUGGACAUCAACCCUGCAGACAUAGAACUCUUGUCCCAGAACAUCAUUCGUUCCCAUUUAGACACCUGUCUAUACACUAACAAUGAGGUGAGAAGAAUGACCUGGAACCUUCACUCACAGGAGGAAGUGCGCGCAUUGCAGAGCAAGUCCUGUGAAGUUAUGUGGCAACUCUGCUCCGUCCAUGUCUCACACGCUGUACAGUAUGUUGUGGAGUUCGCCAAACGUUUAGAUGGAUUCAUGGAACUGUGUCAGAAUGACCAGAUUGUGCUGCUUAAAGCAGGGUGCCUGGAAGUCCUGCUCAUUAGGAUGACCCGAGCGUUUAACCCUUUAAACAACACAGUACUAUUUGAAGGAAAGUUUGGGGGAAUGCAGAUGUUUCGGGCUUUAGGGUGUGAUGAUUUGCUGUCUGCCAUCUUUGAUCUGGCUCGUGACCUGUGCCGUCUCGACUUAACCGAUGAGGAAAUUGCUCUUUUUACAGCAGUGGUUCUGAUGUCACCAGAUCGCCCAUGGCUAACAGAAUCUAAUAAAGUUCAGAAGAUCCAGGAAAGGAUAUUUAUGGCCUUGCAGAGAGAGCUACAGAAGAAGCAUAACAGUGAUGAUCUUUUGGCUAAGGUGAUCUCCAAACUCCCUCUCAUGAGGACCAUCUGUAACCUUCAUAUGGACAAACUGGAAUUCUUUCGCCUUCUUCACCCAGAAACCGUUCAGUCUUUUCCUCCCCUGUACAAAGAGGUGUUUAGCGCUGAGCUUCAGUAUACCAACCUCCGGGAAAGCUAGAAAGGACCAAUCCAGAGGAAUCUGCAUAGCUUCAAAUGAACUCCUCUUGUAAGACAUAAAAUAGAGGGCAGAGGGGAAGUGAGAAUGAUUUUUGUUGGUUAGAGAGUUCCUUAUGACUCUGUGUCUAGAACGCUGAUAUAUUCACUGGACAAACCGCUAUUAUCUGUGGGAGCUGCCAAUUGGAAAAAUGUAUUAAAAUUUCUGAUUGGAAAGACUCAAUGUAAAUAUUUACUGAAGCUGACCAAAUGGACUAGUCUAUUUCAGUUGCCGCAAUAUUGACCUUUUGAACUGUUUAAUUGCAUCUGCUUAUUGGCUGCAUUAGAACUGUCUAAUGGAAUUCUCCAAUUUAUCAAUUGCAGUGAUGCAUUAUGUUCAAUGUUCUAGAAGACUUAAACUCUAAGGAUGCUAUUUAUCUGAUUAGUUGUAAGCUAAAACUACUUCAAAAUCUCUCUUUCUAUGUGGGAUUUUGUGGUUCUGUUUCCUGUAUCUUCCAUACCUGUUUAAAACGGAGGAAGAUCAUUCCUGCCUUUGCACAGACCCAAUUUAAAGCUUGUGUCCUGCAUACAAAUGAUAAUAAUCAAAUGUAUACUCCUUUAAGACUCACAUGUUUUUAGUAUGCCUAUUGUUUAUGCUCUUAUUGCACUUUAGCAGUUUAGUUACUACAGAGUGCUUAGAAACUCUAUGGCUAAUUUGUAUUAAUUAGCAAUGAAUUUAAUACCAUCUUCAGUUAGGGUUGCCACCUCAGCCAUGUUUUCCUGGACACUUAUGAGCUAUACAUGCUGCAGGGUGUGCAGGUAGGAACAUGAAUUUCAACCCUGGACAGCACACGAAAAGUGACACUGAACAGUACUAUUCACGUUCCCCUCUGCACACCCUGCAGCAUGUAUAACUCAUGUGUCCAGCAAAACAUGGUGGCAACACUAUCUUCAGUACGGUUUGCUGUUCCUAUGCUCAGAACAGAGACAUGAGUUUACUAAAUCUCUAACUGGAGUUUGCUAAGUUUGGCAACUUAGUAAAUAGAAGGUUGAAUGUGAUGUUUGAGGAGUACACACUUAAAACCAAAACAUAGCACUGUGUAUUCAAAAAUAAAUUAAUAUAUUGCAUAGAUCUAUUCUUGUGAAUGUCAUAAACAUACUGUAUAUUACUUUUAUCUGUGUAUAAAGGUUUUGUUGUUAAACUUAAAGGGAAACUGUAAGCAAACAUUUUCUGCCAUUUUCAACAUUUGCAAGUAGCACUAUUUUUAUAGAAGUUCAUUAAAUUCAAACUAGCAGGACAUUUAAAUUUCAUAUCCUUUUUUCAGCUGAGGAGGACAACUUCUGGUCCUCUAUUGGUGAGGGUGGAAAAGCCUUCUUAAGAAUGAAAAGAGAUAGUAGUUGUAUUCAGCACAACAAUAAUGUAUUUUAAAAUUAAUUAUUUUAGAUCAGUGUCUACAAUCUCAAGUUCUCAGGACCCUUAACAGGCCAAAUAUUCAUUAAAUGGACAUUAAACACUAAAUAAAUGCUAGAUAGAAUGAUGCAUUCAAAGAAAAGAUUAAUCUGAGAAUAACAUGUAGAUGUAUUUUUUUAAAGUUUCAUUAUCUAUUUAAAUAUUGACAAAAUUAGUGUAAAGUUUUAGUGUCUAUAAAACAAUGGGAGCUGCCAUGUUGUAAUUUAGGUUAACUUCUCUGCUGUGUCCAAUUAGAGACAGUUAUAAAUAGGUCACUAGAGUAUGCAGCCAAUGGCUGUGUGGAAUAUAAGUGUUCUGCCCUUCCAUUUCUAACAGGAACUGAAAAGCUCACAAUUGCAGUAUGGAAUUACAGGAAAAGGGGACAAAAUAAAUAAUGAAAGUAUAUUGCAGAAUUUUAUUUAUGUGAUUUAACGUCCCUUUAAUUUUUAACGAGAGCACAGGUGAAAUAAUCAGCUGAUGAGUGAGAGCAGGUUAGUAACCAUGGUUACUGAUUAGUUCACCUGUACUCUAGUUGAUAUAAUGAAUAUCUGUCCCGUUAAGGGUCCUGAGGACUGGAUCUGGGAAACACCAUUUUAGAUGGUGCAAGAAAAAUAUUUGCCUACAAGGUUCCUUUAAAAAUAUUUGGGAUAACUUGUGAAUGUAGGAGCCCAAUGGUCCGCCAGGCUUCUUACUUUUUUUUAACUUUUGUAGCCACAUAGUGAUACAGUUAGGUGAUAGAUAUUAGAAUGAAGAUUGUUCCAUAUUAUGAGAGGCAUUUGUGAGCUGUUGAAUAUAUAUAGCUUUGAUCUCUCAUUGUAGAGUUACACUGUUCACUAAUAGCUACAACUCAUAAGAAAAAGAAAAUGUUAAAAAAAAAAAGAGAAAAAAAAGUAUUUUUUCCAGAAGGUAAAAGUAGUUACUGUUUUAGUCUUUGAAUGUUGCUUCUUGUUAAGGAUCACAUCUAUUUUUAUAAGAAAAAUCAAAACUUUAACAAAAAAAUAAAAUAAUAUAUUUGUUUGUAUUAAAAAAAAAAAAAAGAUUGUAUGAUGGCUGUACGGGUAAAUCAUCCAGCACAGAAGUGGAAAGCAAAGAAGAGAACCUUUGUUAAUGUAUGUCUUAUUUUUGCUUCGUUAUAGCAAAUAUUUCUGUCUUUUUGUGUUAUGUAUCGGGUUUCCUUCAGCUAACUUUCUGGGGUUCAUUUUAAUAAAAGUACAGUGUUUAAAGAAA